GCCAUAACAAUGUGAUAGCACGCGGUCCGAGAGUCGUUGACGUUGAUCAGUGAGAUGAAGGCUACUUCGGAUCUCUCGCUACACAAGUUCUCACAUCCCGCUAACAGCCACUUGAGGCGAUCGAGCGUGGUUGCCAGCACUAGGAUCCAGACGAAGCAUGCUCUGCUCCAUUCACGUGGCGCUGACGCCAGAGCGUUGAGCGGCGAAAAACUGUAUAACGAUCUGAUGCGGGAUAUUAUCCAGGAGACCAGACAUCACGGAAGAAUAUCUGUACAGCAGAAAUUACAGUUUCACAGGCAGAAACUGGAGUUAAUGGCAGAAGCUCUGCCAUCUUACAGAUCCCUUCUAACUGCAAUAAUGCAUGCAUAUGACUCUGCACUUACUGAGAAUCAUCAUGUGGAAGAAACAGAGCAAUCAUCAAAGGACAAAUUUUCAUCUGUGGAGGAUAAACAGAGAGAUUGCACGACAAUCGCAGAAAGUGAAGAGAGCAGCGAUGCCCAUCAGAUGCAAAAAGAUGGUAACAAGGUAUUGGAAAUAGUUGCCAACCUGAAAGAAGACAAACUUGGCUUAGAAGUGAUAGUUGAAAAGCUAAAGUCAUCGCUUGCGGAACAGUACAUGGACUACAGAGAGCAGCAUGAUGCCCGCCACCUACUCGUGCUGGAGAUAAAUGAGCUCAGGUUUCACCUACAGGAGAGAGAGCAGCAGCGGACGGCACAUGCUAGUCAGCGUUCACACGACGAUCCAGUCAUUCUAAGCAUCGCGCUUAAGAAAGCUAGGGAAGACUUGGCAAGGUGUUCGAAGAAACUGGAUGAAUUGGUCUUGAACUAUAGUGACGUUGUACCAAGGAAGGAGUUCAAAGAUCUGGACAGUAAAUUCCAGAUAGCAGAAAAGCAGCUGAGAACUCUUACUGGUAAUCACACUGCCUUAAUCACGGAACACGGGGAACUGGUAAUCUGUAACAGGGAGGCAGUCAGCCAAAGAGAUGAGUAUCGAACCAAGUGUGAACUGCUGGGGCGCAGUGCCUCCCCUAGGCCGGAUUGGGCUGAUGUUGCUGACCACUUCCCUGGAGGGGCAGUGAAAUGGAAUGAACUGACAGAGCUUAAAUCCAGCGCAGAGAAAGUUAUGAUUCUCCUUGAAGAUUCUAUAGGUGGUAGAUAUGACGAGGAGGAUCCAGAGUAUUUCACUGGAAAGGGAACGAGCCUUGAUGUGCCACAAUACCUCCGAACUGUAGACAGGGUAGCUCACCAUGCAAUGACCUGGCAAGAAACUUCACAGAUAGUUCAAGAUAUUUGGAGGACAAAAAUUAACAAGGAUGAAGAAUUGGAUGAGAAGCGCCACGACAUGGUGGAUUUCGUGUACAACUACCUCGUCGAGAGAUUUCCAGUAGAGAAAGAGAGAUUGGAAAUGGCAUAUAGCUUAUUUCACUCUUGCGAGAAGUAUUCGCGAGACGAAGACAUCAAACUCUUCUACAGGAUCCUUACGGAAGAAACAGAUGAGGAAGUGUAUCACACUAGUCAGGCCAUUAUAAAUGGACUUCUAGAGAGACUGAAUGAGGCUGACAAGUUAGAAAACGAAACGAUCGAGGCGAGCGUCUUCGAAAACAUCCUCGCGACGUACUUCAGCCUCGGCACGGCAGCAGACGUGGCGGACUUGCUGCGGGUGGCUGACAGCGAGAAGGGUGUGUGCAGCGACGGAGCCUACGCGUACCUGAAGCUGUUUGAACGGGGUCGCGACGAAGCGACGCCUCGGUUCGUGAGGAGACUCGCUCAGCUGGUCAACCGCUCGAGAAAAUCCUACAUAGACGGAGUCGUGCACCACCUGGAGGACAGGUCGAGGCAAGUGAACCCCGGCGUGACGUGCACGCGUCCGAUUUCCGAACGGGCGAUCCAAUUAAUCGGCCUUUGA